AGCCAGUGAUAAAAUUAUUUGAAAUGAUGUCGCUCAUUAAUAUCUUUAAAUGUUAAACUGUAUGAGUCACCAAUGACACACUUGCAGGGCGGGGAGAUAGCCUACAUAGAGGGAAAGCAUGCACUUAGACACGUAGACUAAUAACUCUGGACAUUGUUUCAAGCGACGUUCAAAGAUGCUUCUCGUGGUAUGCGCGCUGUCGGUGGUGGUCGUGGCACAGGAGACGCACUGUGGUGGCACGCCCGACCGAUUGUGUGAUGUGAAACCUGAGGCAGUCUACUACAAGGAGCCACCGAUCACAGAUUCAGAGGUGUCGUACAAGCAGUUGAAGACUAUGUUUCCCAGCAGCAGUAUUCAACUGUUUGACGUCCGCAAUCCAGAUGAGUUUGAGGCUGGACAUAUUCCUGGCUCCACCAAUGUCCCACUUGGGGAACUCCAGGAGGCUCUGAGACUGAGUUCAGACCAGUUCAAACAGAGGUUUGGAGUACGUGCCCCUCAUAAGGAGGAUAGCAGCAUUGUGGUCUACUGCCAGAGAGGUAGACGGAGUGCUACUGCACUUGACAUAAUGUGGGCUCUGGGAUUCAGCAGAGCUCGUCACUAUGCUGGAGGAUACAGUGACUGGGUCCAGCGUGAAGAGCAAGGAGGUGUGUAAAUUGCUGCAGGGCCAUUCUGUGUGUUUGAAUUCUGCUUAUUGGAACAAAAGAUAUUUAGAAGGCAUAGCCAUUAAAUCGUUACUUCAGAGUAGGGGAAAUGCUACACUGGAAAUGACAACACAAUGCUAGUCUUAUUUAAUAGUAAUUGAUUGAUUUUUGAAAUGGUUGUCCCAAACCAAAUAAAGGUCAGUUAUUGUCGGUUUUGACAAUCUUUUUGGAUGAUCUUAUCGUGUUGAAGGAUCUUACACCAACAUUUAGACAUCGACAUACACUUCUAACUUUUUGUUCUCUAUCCUCAUGAAAAAUGUUAUUAGAAUUUUUUUGUUCAAGUGGAAUAUUGAAAAUGUUCAUGUUAUUUCAGCUCUGUUUGAGUUUGUUCCUAAUUGCUGUACAUACGGCUGUUUGUGACAGUGACCCUGUUGAUAGUGACCCGGCCUUCUCUAGUCACUCGUAGGCUCAGUCACUGGUAUACUUUUAUUUACAAAGCCAUUUUGGGUUUACUACCUUUUUAUUUGGGCAUUUUUAUUG